UGAAACAAUGAGCAAAUUUUGAGUGUCUAAUUCUCUAAUUUCUAAUUUCUAAUUUCUAAUUUCUAAUAAUAAUAAUAAUAAUAAUAAUAAUAAUAAUAAUAAUAACAAAAAAGCGCGUUUUCAUUAUCUUAUAAAUAAAUCUCAACAUUCACAAUACAAUCUCAGAUCAUCACCAUUACCAUUACCAUUAUCAUUAUCACCUCUCAUUCAUACCAGACCAGAUCUGAUCUGAUCUGAUCUGAAUUCCAGCAUCAAUGGGUUCCCAAUCUGAACCUCAACCCACGCCAUUCAAGAUCUUCGUAGGCUACGAUCCACGCGAAGACAUUGCCUAUCAGGUAUGCCGACACUCACUCUUAAAGCACUCUUCAAUCCCACUCCAAAUUAUCCCCAUUGUUCAAUCCCAACUCAGAGACAAAUCUCUCUAUUGGCGACAAAGGAAUCAACUCGAGAGCACUGAGUUUUCCUUCACUCGAUUCUUGACUCCCUAUCUCGCUGAUUACCAAGGCUGGGCUAUGUUCGUCGACUGCGAUUUCCUUUACCUUUCAGACAUCAAACAACUCGUCGAUUUACUCGAUGAUAAAUUCGCCCUAAUGUGUGUUCAACACGAUUACACGCCCAAAGAAACCACUAAGAUGGAUGGAGCUGUUCAGACUGUUUAUCCCAGAAAGAAUUGGUCUUCUAUGGUUUUGUACAAUUGUUCUCAUCCUAAGAACAAGAUUCUCACUCCCGAACUCGUUAAUACAGAGACCGGUGCUUUCCUCCAUAGGUUUCAGUGGCUUGAAGAUGAUGAAAUUGGAUCUGUUCCUUUUGUUUGGAACUUUCUAGAAGGGCAUAAUAAGGUGGUCGAAGGUGAUUCCAAUACUUAUCCGAAAGCUGUACAUUAUACUCGUGGAGGACCAUGGUUUGAGGCAUGGAAGCAUUGUGAGUUUGCUGAUCUUUGGUUGAAUGAAAUGGAAGAUUACUUGAAUAAGAAGAACAAGGAUGAGAAGGAGGAGGAGGAGAAGGAGCCUACCCAAACCAAAGUCUAGAUUUUUAUUUAUCUAUUUAUUAUUAAAGUGGAUUCAUUUAAUUUUCAAUCUUGUGUGAAUUGAUUGUGUUUAUAUGGAGUUGAGUGUAGUUCUUACUAGGGUAGGAGUAGCACCAUUUUCAUAUAUAUCAUUGUUUACUGUUUUUAAUUAUGCUAUACAAGCACUAUCACUGUUGUUGUCUUGUAUAGUUAUAGUAAUUAUGUUAUGUUGAUCUGAAUUAUGAAAUUAAAUUAUAUAAAAAAGAAAAGGGGCAUCAUAGUUUGAUCCCCAUUAGAAUCA